GGAUGAUACUCGAAUCAUGCCGAGAAAAAACGUAAUUUUAAAAAAGAUGGAAAAAAGCAAAGAAGGAGAAUCUGCCGCAUGAAACAAACCGGUCAGAGAGUGGACACGUUCGAUGCUUCUAUAAGAGCUUCCACAGCCCCCUUUGCCUCGUCUUCCUCCCCGGUCGGUCUUUUUUUUUUGAACAAUUCCAACCCAACACACAUUGAUCCAUCAUGACUACUUCCUCCGAAACCCCUGUCAGCACGGCGGUCUCUCCUGAGGCCGUUCCCAACGGCAGUCAACUGUCCCUCCCCGUGUCCGCGGCCGACGGACUCGUCCAGAAACCGUUCGCUCUCCCCCUGGAUACCUCCAAGCCCGAAACGCCGGCCCCACUCACGGCCGACCAACAAGCCAAAUAUGACACCGUGUUGAGAGCAGUUUCCCAGUGGACGACGGUGCCGACGACGGCGGCGAAGAAUGCCGCGGUGGAGCCCAUCACCGACGACGAACGCCUGUUCCUGACGCGCGAGUGCCUGCUGCGAUACCUGCGGGCGACCAAGUGGAACGUGCCCGAGGCGAUCGGGCGGCUGCAGCGCACGCUGACCUGGCGGCGCGAGUACGGGGUCGCGAAGCUGACGGAGGAUUACAUCUCGGUGGAGAACGAGACGGGGAAGCAGGUGAUUCUGGGGUACGACAUCCACGCGCGGCCCUGUCUGUACCUGCUGCCGUCGAACCAAAACACGGAGAAGAGCGACCGACAGAUCGAGCAUCUGGUGUACAUGCUGGAGCGGGUGAUUGAUAUCAUGGGGCCCGACCAGGAGACGCUGGCGCUGAUCGUCAACUACAACGAGACCAAGUCGGGGCAGAACGCCAGCGUCGGCCAGGCCAAGCAGACGCUGAACUUCCUGCAGAACCACUAUCCGGAGCGGUUGGGGCGCGCCUUGGUGAUCAACAUGCCCUUCAUGGUCAUGGGUUUCUUCAAGCUGAUCACCCCGUUCAUCGACCCCCACACGCGCCAGAAGCUCAAGUUCAACGAGGACCUGUGCCAGCACGUCCCGUCGGGUCAACUGAUGAAGUCCAUGGGCGGCGAUGUCGAGUUCCGCUACGACCAUUCGAUCUACUGGCCCGCGAUGACCGCGAUGGCCGAUCAGAAGCGCCAGGCCUACCGCGAGCGCUGGGUUCAAAACGGCAAGCAUAUCGGCGAGUACGAGAAUUAUUUGAAGACGGGAGAGGGGCCGCGCGUGGCGGCGGGCGAGGAAUCGACUGCAUGAUUUUUUUUUCCUUUUGUCUUGUCUUCUCUUUUCUUCUGUCCUUUUUGUCCCCAUUUUUUGUCUUUUCCUUAAUACUCCUAUCGUUGAUAUCACAGAUGAGCUUGCUUGGUUCGAAUCCGGCGUCGAGUGCAUGCAUGGUUGAUUUGAUCUUGAUACGGAUCGUUUAUAGAUAUAGAUUCAACGCUGACUGAAUGUCGAGUCGUGUAUAUGCCUUCUAUAUGAUCGGUCGAUAAUAGAGCAGACGGCGCAUUCAACGUCUGCUCCCACAUUCCCUUCCUCCAGUUCGUCUCCAUCGUAUCCAUCGUCUCCAUCUACAGGUAUAUAGAUAUCACGUGACUAACGGGGC